GCCUGGUCACGUGCCCGCCCCGCCUCUGACGUCAUCGCCGCGCGCGGCAGCAUGGCAGCGGUGGCGGCGCCCGGCGUGGCGCCGGUUCGAGCCCGGUUCCUCACCUCCAAGGAGCAGUUCCACGCCUACCUGCGGGCAGGGGGCGAGGAGGAGGAGGAGGAAAAGGAGGAGAAGAAGGAAGAGGAGCAGGUCAGCAGCUCCCAGAGCGAACCCCCAGCCAAGCGGGUGAAGGCAGAGGAGCUCAGCCAGGAUGGGGAAAGCCAAGGGAAUGCUGGAGAGGAGGAGAAGGAGCGCCCGGAGAAGAAGAGAGCCCGGGGGCAGAACAAGAGCCGCCCCUGCAUGAAACCCAACUGCUACGAGCAGAGCAGGCUGUGCCCCUCAGUGACACAGGGCUGUGCCGGGCAGUGCCACUUCGGGCCGCGCUGCCGCUUCCUGCACGACGUGUCCGAGUACCUGGCGGGCAAGCCGGCAGACCUGGGCCAGCGCUGUGUCCUCUUCGACACCUUCGGCCGCUGUCCCUACGGUGUCACCUGCCGCUUCGGCCAGGCCCACCUCGGCGACGGCCACCAGAACCUGGUCAACGCCGCCCUGGCCCAGCAGUGGGACGGGAAGCUGCUGGUGAGGAACAGCCUCUCCAAGGACCUCCAGCAGCAGCUGCGCAAGAGGAAGUUCAGCUUCCAGAAGGCCGAGGAGUUUCUCCGUGGACUCCACGGUGGGAAGGGAGGCAAAGCCACGGGGGGCUGCACAGAGGUGUCCAACUGCACAGCACCCCAGGAGGGCCUGGGAGACAGCCCUGUGCUGCAGGAGCAGGGAGAGGAUCCCAAACCAGAGGCCCUGCAGAGCUCCCGAGGGGCUGAGGAUGCUCCCUCCACCCCAACCCUGGGCCCGCUGACAGAUGAAGACGUCACGAAGCUGCGGCCGUGUGAGAAGAAAAAGCUGGAAAUCCAAGGCAAGCUCUACCUGGCUCCACUGACCACGUGUGGCAACCUCCCUUUCCGACGGAUCUGCAAACGUUUUGGGGCAGAUGUCACCUGUGGGGAGAUGGCCGUGUGCACCAACCUGCUGCAGGGCCAGUCCUCCGAGUGGGCUCUGCUCAAACGCCACCACACCGAGGACAUUUUUGGGGUGCAGCUGGAGGGAGCCUUUCCAGACACCAUGACCAAGUGUGCAGAGCUCCUGAACAGGACAAUCGAUGUGGAUUUUGUUGACAUCAACGUCGGGUGUCCCAUUGACCUGGUCUACAAGAAGGGAGGAGGCUGUGCUUUGAUGACUCGCUCCAACAAGUUCGAGCAGAUCGUCCGUGGGAUGAACUCAGUGCUGGAUGUGCCACUGACGGUGAAGAUCCGGACUGGGGUGCAGGAAAAGGUUAACGUGGCUCACAAAAUCAUCCCCAAGAUCCGGGAGUGGGGAGCGUCCCUGGUCACGCUGCACGGCCGAUCCCGGGAGCAGAGGUACACCCGGAGCGCAGACUGGGAAUACAUCGCCGAGUGCGCCCGCAUCGCCAGCCCCAUGCCUCUCUUUGGAAACGGGGAUAUUUUGUCCUACGAAGAUGCAAAUCGAGCCAUGCAGAUGAGAGUUUCUGGAAUCAUGAUUGCAAGAGGGGCACUCAUCAAACCUUGGCUUUUCACGGAAAUCAAGGAGCAGAGACACUGGGAUAUCUCCUCCAGCGAGAGAUUCGACAUCCUCAAGGACUUCACCAACUACGGCCUCGAGCACUGGGGGUCGGAUACUCAGGGAGUGGAGAAAACCAGGAAAUUCCUGCUGGAGUGGCUCUCCUUCCUGUGCAGGUACAUUCCUGUUGGAUUAUUGGAACAUCUACCUCAGAGAAUCAACGAGCGGCCGCCCUAUUACCUGGGGAGGGACUACCUGGAGACACUCAUGGCCAGCCAAAACGUGGAUGAUUGGAUCAAAAUAAGUGAGCUGCUCCUGGGCCCCGUCCCGCCCAGCUUCACCUUCCUGCCAAAACACAAGGCCAAUUCCUACAGAUAGGGCUGGCCAGGCCCUGUCCCACGUCAAGAGGCCUUUGGAUGGGGUGUGAGGAGGAGCAGGGCUCCUCAGCUGCGCUGGGAGUUGGAAUAAAGCUGAUGUUUUUAGAA